UCGUACCGAUAUAUUCAGACGUGACUAUACUUGGUGCAAAACUUUUUAAUUUAGGUUUCGCUUGAAAAACCGUUAUUUUUAAACCGGUUUUAAGAUAAUAAUUCUUGUCAAAUUAACCGGUUUAGAAGUUUCACACACACAUAUAAACUUUAUUUGGGUCUGGGGAAAUGGUUGGGCCGCUCCAAUUGGUGUGACUACUUACAAAAUGUAAUAAUAAUAGUAAUGUAAUAUCAUAUAUAAAAAUCAAGAGUGAGAUUAAGUUACAAUAUUUUUUGACAGCUUUAAAGCGUCUGGUAAAAGUUACCACCGGCGGUAAUGGCCUGGCAAUGUUGAUUAUCAAUUUUUUUACAUUAUUUUCUAUAACAUACAUAACAAUCAGCCGUGAGAAUUCAAGAAAAGUGAUUAAUAUAAUAUUUACCUAACUUUAGCACCUUGUGCCGGACAAAUGGCCGUCGGGCCGAUAUAGCAAGUAUGCAGACAUUAAAGGUACAUACUCUAGCACUAAAUUAUCCCAUUCAUUAUAUUCAUGAGAAAAUAAGUAAAGCAUGGCGGCUCUGGGAUCUUGAUCUAAAGAUACAACAUUAAGCGUGAAUACCGUAAUCCACUGAAUUAUUAUUGCUAUGUAACUCAAUGUUCGAAACGAAUCUCUCUCGUAACACAAACUAAUUUAAAAUAUUUAUUUUUUAUAAUUUCUAAUUUAUUUUUAUAUAAAGUAGUUAAAUGUUGCAUAUAGCGUUGUUGUAACACGGGCAUUACAUUUAAUUCAACCAAACAAUUGAAAGCUAUGAUAUGACAUAUCAAUGUCAUUUCGAGCAUCAAACGUCCGAGAUAGUAUUUACGUUUAGUAGCAAAUGUACACAGUGUACACACUCGUACUAAACACUUAUCAAUAUGUCAACAGGCUCGAAGGCAAGUGUAUACGCUCGUGAGGGCCUUAUAAGAUAAAAAUAAAUUAUUGAUAUCUUUAUUAAUAAAUUAUUAUAGUUAAUUAGAAUACCGGUGUCUUUGAGAAAGUUACUUAAUUUAAGCUCAGGGAUGCACCCUUGAAAUUAACCUACAUGAAAGCGUAUUCUGAUUGUAAUUACGGGAUAUACAUUUGUUCUGGAUUCGUUAUGGUUAUGGCCCGUCACUGUUAAAAGUGACAUUUGUUUAAUCAUGUCCAUCUUUUAAUAAGAGGCUAAUUUAAAUAGAGACAUGAAAAAUACAUAGCAACAGUUUUAAAUACAACAGCCAAUACGUAGGUAAACAUUACAUUACCGCCGCCCAUGGACACCUGCAGCACCAGGGGGGUUUUUAAGUGCGUUGCCGGCAUUUAACAUACGCUCUUUUCUUGAAGGUUGAAGCUCGUCCAUAACAAAUCCAGAUCAAAUUAAUUUUUAAUUGCAGUUCAGCUUUAACAGUUGACAUAAUCUAUGACUCAGCUGGCCUUAUAUCACUUUCCUAUUUUUUCUAUAAGUUUGACCAAAGGUCACCGCCGGGUCGCGACCAUGGGCCAGAGCGUGAGAAAUUGCCUAUCUCGGUCAACUCGACCAAUCCGUGCCACUAGGAGAGUACUGGUGCCAGUUGGAGACUAGCUACUUACCAUACAACUUGUCAAUUAAUUGUUGAAGAUGAUCUGGAUUUUUGUGGUGCUGUGCUUGUUUUUGGGGAGUGUGGAACUCCAAGAAACCAGUGACAAUAUAGAGACUCUAAAAGAGGAGGAUCUCCAAAAUGUAGAGCUGGAACCACUGGAAGCGGUAUGCCCUGAGCUCAGUGGACAGAUUAUAGGUGGAAGAGCCAGUUCCAUUAACAGGCAUCCUUAUCAGGUGUCGAUGGUUCUGAAUCGGAACUCCUUCUGCGGCGGGUUCAUCAUCAGUCAAGAUUAUAUUAUGACUGCAGCGCAUUGUGUUAACAAUACGGCUCCGUCUGCCAUCCGUCUCCGUGUCGGCUCGACCCGGCGCGACUCCGGUGGCCGUAUCGUCCGUGUCUCCACCGUAUCAGUACACCCGCAAUACGGACGGCCGGCGUUUGACCAUGACAUAGCCGUGUUGAGAUUGGCUCAGCCGCUAGCUUGGAGUGCUGCAGUUAGACCUAUACGGUUACCGGCAAGGGGACAGGCUGUGCCGUUAGUCAGAUUGACUGUUACUGGCUGGGGGCUAACUGCCCCUCGGGGCCGUCGGAUCCCUCGAAUCAUGAUGGAAGCAAAUGUACCAGUGGUACCACACUGGUUGUGUCAACUCUCAUACGGGGACUCUUUGACCAACAACAUGUUCUGUGGGGGACACUUCCUUAUAGGAGGGGUGUCUUCCUGUCAGGGAGACUCCGGCGGCCCCGCCGUAUUCCAAGGCGUCGCGUAUGGCGUUGUCUCUUUCGCACGUGGCUGUGCUCUCCCUCUUUCACCAACUGUGUUCACGAACAUCGCCGCACUCAGGGACUGGGUUACCACUACCACUGGACUUUAGACUUUAUCCCGUCGACAUAAGGAUUAUUUUACAAUAAACAAAGAGACUUAGCUGAACAUGGUUACACAUUUUCAAUAGGGUAUUUUAUUAUGUAUUUACAACUAUAAUUUUCACUAAGCAACAAUUAAGUGAACUAACAUUCAUUAUACAACUAUGUAUAAAUCUAAGUUCGGCAGAAACGAAGUAUAGGGCUUUCGGGUUACAGGCUCGUUGAUGUCGUUUGUUCUAUACAGUGGGAAAAUAUUUCAUAAUAAAUAUUAUAGUUCACUGAAUUGUUGCAUAAUGAAAAUUAUAUUUGUUCAAAUGGUUUGAUAGGAUAACUUCAGUUCAGAAGUGUCAUAAUAGACAUAGUGUAUCUAUUUAACAUAAAAAUAUGCCAUUAUUUAAUUCAUGAACAUGAAGCCCUAAUCCAAAGCUUAAAGCUUAGUAGACGAAUAGAAAAAUGUUUUUUCCGGGAAGAUAUCGGUUUCAAACGAAAACAAAAUUCUAGGGGUCAACGAGGACAAAUGGAUUAAAAUAAAAAAGUAAAAUACCCUAUGGCGAAUAUUUGCUAGCGAUCUCGGAGGUACCUUAAAGCCAAAGUGACUCAAAUCCAGUUUUUAUUACAUGUGAUUAUAAACUUAAUCAUUCAGAUCUUAAAAUAGAUAAUCGUGUGAACUUUAUUUUGGAUUUGGGUCACUCAACGUCUGUGAUAGAAUCUUUAAAUACAUUGUGCUAGUUUAUUUUAGAGCUGGCAACGAUUUGUUUUCAUACGUUUUUAAAUAAAUAUUGGAAUUUGAAGUUGUUUUCUUUAACGUUUUAAUUGACAUAUGAGUUCUAAUGAGUUUGGAAAGUGUUGAAAGUGAUGUUGCGACAGUUGCUAAUCGUCACUUUGAAAAAAACUUUUCGGUAUCUUGUACUGUCGUUGUCAACGAAAAAAUGUCGAAUGUACGAGUUGCAUACAAAAUUACAGCGUUUAACUAAACAGCUGCGAGAGACGACAUUUUAUUCAAAGUAGUGACAAAAUCACUUAUCUCACAACGUGUUUUUCCGUUAAUUUCAAGGGUGCAUUCCUGAGCUUAAAU